CAAAUUUUUUUCGAAUCACGAAUAGAUUUUUUUCAGAUUUCAAGCUGAUUUUUCCGGUUUUUCGAGCAGUUACAGACAUUUUCAAAAACAUCUGGCAUCUUCGUUUGUAAGAAACUGACAUCUCUGGAUCAAAAAGGUUACCGAAAAAGAGCGGGAGAGGAAAGCUGGGAAAUUAAUUUUAUAUCGUUUGAAGAGUUCCGAGUUGCUUAAAACUUUUUUGUGGUCUUAACCUGUACAAGUGUCUAAGUAAACAAGUUUACUCGAACAUGGAGUUUUCUGAAAUGGAUUCUGCUAGCUCCUUCACAAUAUUUGGCACAGAUGAUGAACCAAGAUUGCCACAAAGGAUGAUUCUUCACGUCUAUCGAGUUUCGGGAAUACUAGAUGCACAAAACUUGUUUUUCUGGGAAGCGUUUCGCGCCGCAAACCCCGAUAUAGAAAUGUCUCCUCAAAAUUUGCGGGACAUGUUUUUCAAUAAGGUGAUUAAUGUUGAAGAGCACUACCAGUACAUUAACGAUGAAGUGAAGCAAUACCUUAACCCGACGUUCAAUCACUGCGAACUAGAUAACUUAGAACCUGGUGAUUUGAUUGAAGCUGAUGAUUUUCUAUUAGAUGUUCCGAAACAUGUCAUUACCGAUAAUCUGAAUUUUGAAGAAAUGGCUGAAUACGUUACUGUACCGUUCACAGUAAGACACAAUCUACCAAUUAUACCACUAGAUAUGCACACUUUUACACAUUCAGAAUGUUCCAUGUCGCAGGACGAUUUUCGUGAAAAUUUUGACCGUAUUUUAAGUCAAUUACUUGUAACAGAAGAGAAAGGUAAUCUUACGGCUGCAGAGGUUCAAGAGAAAGUUGUGACGCAAACAGAAGACGGAAUUUCAUUGCAACAUCGAUCAAAACCUGGUGUGAUAGUUGUUAACUUUUCAAAUAGUGGUGAAACGGUUCGAGACAGUGACAGUCGACAGAACGAGCCGUUUUUUGCUGAGUUCAGCUUCAAGCCAAAGCGUAUCACCAAACGCGGCAGAUCAAUCGAUGAUUCUGAAAUUGUGUGUUGUCCAAAGAAACGAUCACGAGUUGUUCCCAGCAAAAUCCAACAACGGCGAUUAAGACGAUUAUAUUCGGCUCCAGAUGAUUCAUAAACCUAGUUGAACGUUGAAGUUCAAGAUGUUAAGUUAAAAGAUAUAUGACAUUUAUUGUCUUCUUUUUUAUAUUAUAAGUCCUCUAUUACCAGUCAUUAUCAGUUGAACAUUGACUAUAUUCAGAUGGUUUUAUCCGGCUCCAGAUAACUCGUAAACGCUGACGUUUCCUCACCUUAUUGUUAUAAGUUGAGAAGGUACUUGACGUACAUUGCUAUCUUUUUUAAUUAGAGACAAAUCCAUUAAAUUGAUUUUUAACAUGUAUUAGAAGUAACUUAAAACGUUUUUUAAUGUGGUCAUGUAGGUAUU